AUGUCCAUAAAGAGACGGCUGCUGUCUAUGUUGUUAUGCUGUGUUUACUGCGUGGCCUCGCUCUUCUGCCUCCACCCAAACCGCCACAACUGCUUCUCUGCUGGAGCACGGUGAGUUUGUGUUGUUAGUUUGUUUGAAACACUGACCCUAUUUUUGAUUCUCAUUUCACAACCACAAGCCUGGCAAAUGUUUAAGUUCCUUUCUAUUAAAUAUGAAACAGCCUCUGCAUUGUUUCUGUUGCCCAACUACGAAGAAAACAACUUCCAUAGGGUGAUUUAAAUUCGCUCCUGCUGGGACAUAACUACUCUGAUGAUUUGCAUAAACAUGCAAAAUCACCUCCACUCAUUGAGCAAUUUUGCAUGUGUCAUUGCUAUUGAGGUUUUGCUUGGGUGUUGCAGACUCAAGGUACCAGACAUGCCAGCUGCUUUGUAAUUGCUUUUUAUUUGGAGCAACAGUGUGCUGGCUCGCCGGUGCAAGUUUGUUUGUUCAAGCCAACCACUUCACCUCUUCACCAGUUCAACAGCGAGACUUAUAACAUACCACUUAGGAACAACACCCCAGUUACCUCUAUUUGUUCAGGGCUGAAGUUUGGGUCAUGUGUGUUGUACCAGCAUGGGUUCUCCUGGUGGGCUCGCCAUAUUUCAUUUGGUUACCGACAACAUUCAGGCCUCAUUACUACAACAUCCCCACCCACUCAGAUCACGGCUUAGAAACUGAGAGGCCACAGAUCCUCCAGAGAUGCUGGGUUUGUCAUCUUCCUUUUUAGCCAAGUCAGACUUGUUAUUAAUUCUAAAUAUAUGGUAAUACAGAGAAUGACAGUACAGAGUCACUGCUUCAAAUUCUAAGAAACAGCUGGUUUACAUGAUUCCAGCUUCAGAGAAACUUUGGAUAUUGUUACUGUGCUAUACUCUUCCUCUGUCUUGACUAAUUUCUCUUUUAUUCAAUUUUUCAAGGAAUAUGGCGUCAGUCUUUCAGCAGCUCUCCCAGCGUGCUUUUCGACUGCUGCGCACCACCCUCUGA